AUGGACUCAGAAGACGGAGAACUGUUCAUAAAGCAACUUGCCGGCUUCGUACGAACGCACGAAAAGGCUUUGGCCAAUGCUCUCCAAUUGCGCCGCCAGGUUCGACAUAAGCCGUCUCAAAGUACCGGCUCAGCGGCGCUGCUAUCUCAGACCUCGACCUCUCUACCCGAACGACCCUCUACAUCAGCCUCUACAUCAAGUUCGCUCGCUGCCGCCUUGUCGCUCGGAUCUCUCAACUUCACAUCGCAUAAUGUCAAAUCUGCAAAGCUGGCACUUACACCGCAUCACCUGUUCUACCUCCUCUCUCGUUUCGAAGAACUCAGUAUCAAUGUUGGUCCUAUGAAGGUCCGCCUCGAGAACCUUCACGACAGUUCAUCGUCAGCCAACUAUGUUUCGUUCCUCAGCAACACUCAACGAUCCAGAAGCAAAGGCUCAGAUAUUGACUCCAUACAUUCUGUCUCAAGUAUGCGAAGUGUUAUGUCGGGCAUGUCUGCGCUGUGGUCGAGCUUUGGUAUCGGUGCUAGCAUCUCUGCCGCUAGAACAGAGCGUCAAAAGGCUGCUCUUGAAGCCGACAUGAAGUACCUCUAUUCUGCCUUUACCAAAAUCCCCUGCCUAAAAUUGGCACCGGAUUGGCGCGCUCGUUUGAUUCGCGGAUAUGAGGAGUUUCCCUUUGAUUCUGCCGUUCCUCUCUAUGUUUUCAAGAACUUGCAGGCUCUCGAAGUCAGCAGUAUUGAUUUCCGACAAUUUUUCGGCUGGGACCGUCUUGCCGAUCAGCUGCGCUCGUUGACGCUUAGACGUGCCGGUAUCGAAGAUCCUGCAGAUAUCUUGAUUGAUAUUGUGCUUGAUGAUAUGGACAAGCGCCGCAGACGGGUUUCCAAAUCCCAAUCUUCCCCCACGUCUGUUUGGGCAGGUAGCGGCAGCCCUCGCCGAAAUGUUGCCCACCCUGAGCUCAACCGUGCAGUGUCUGCCCCGAGCUCCCCGGGCCCUCAUAUCGACAUGAGAGUCGGUUCAAUGACCCCAAGUGAACAUGCUAUUGAAGAGAGUAGCCGAAGGCAGUCUCUGUGCAAAGAGGAUGAGAACAAUGAUGAGCCCCAGCCCUCACACAAGCCCUCCCGUCCCAGGAGCAGUUCACCCCCACGGCCAACAAGCUCCAGAACCCAGUCGCAUCCUAUUCGGGGAAACCACCACCGCAUGAGGCGAUCUGGAUCUGGUAGCUCUCAGUCCAGUUUGUCCGAUUCUUGGACUGGUCAUCAUCACUCUCGAGGCAGCUCUGGUAAUUUGCUUGCAAUGGGAGUCCUUCCCGCCUCCAAGUGGCGCUUUCUGAGACAUCUGAGCUUGGCUGAUAACUCGAUGACCUGCAUUCCCCGUAACAGCCUCGCGCCUCUUUCCAACACACUUUAUUCUCUUGACAUCUCCUCCAACCUUUUCAGCCAGGUUCCUGACAGCCUUGCUACUCUGACUGCCCUCCGAGCUCUGAACUUGUCUCACUGCAUGAUCGACUCGCUUCAAUCCUUGACACGCAAUCCUCUCCCUGCUAUCACUGCUCUCAACCUCCGGGCCAACAGACUUCAAAGUCUUGCCGGCGUUGAGAGACUCGUUCCCCUAGAACGACUCGACUUGAGAGAUAACCGCUUGGUUGACCCGAUGGAGCUUGCAAGAUUGACUGGCAUCCCUGAUAUACAUGAGAUCUGGGUCGAGGGGAACCCAUUCACUCGUACUCACAAGGACUACCGAAUCACCAUUUUCAACCUCUUCCGCAAAGCCCCUGGUUAUACAGAGGAUGUGGUAAUCGAUGGCAGCGGUCCUAGCUACGUCGAACGACGUUCUCUAGUAGACCGGCCUCCCAUGCCCGAAUCCAUCCCUGUCGUCAAGCCACUAGCUCCCGAGGUGCCUACAGUUGAUGUGAGCAAGCCAACCGUUGUUUACAACAUUCCUAAGGAAUCAACUGUUCUCCGAAAGGAGCGUCCCACUCCCAAGGCUGUUAUGAGUGAAAUCAAUACAAGCUCAACACGCCGGCGAAAGACACCCAAGAGACGAAUUGUUGAUUUGGCCACUCCCGAUGCUCCUCCUUUCCCCACCCCUGUCGAUGUUCAGGUCGCGAAGCUACCCAACGCUGCACUGGUAAAUGAUGGAAACUACCGAAUUUUCCAACAGCCUGAGGCUCAGCCGUUGCCCGCAGCUGUUUUGUCGCCGAACUCGCACAUCGUCACUUCUCCCGAGGUACCGCGAAUUGACACCAAUGUCUUCGCAAAUAUCCCUGCCAUCUACUCCCCAAGCGACGAUGCUCCUAAUUGGACAGAGCCCCAGGACUGGGAUGCUGGUGGUGAAAUGUACCGCCAGAAAAUCGAGGCUUUGCGAAGCAGUGUCGGCAAUGGCUACCUCUCGGUUCUGAGUGAAGAGAGCUGGACCCCGGACCGUUCAUCAGAUUAUUCUCCACCCAGCAUCCCAUCUGGUGCAGUCAUGCACACAGCGCAUCCUCCCAUACAUACUCCUCAAGCUCAACCCAUCCACAGUGGCCGAACUUUGGGCUAA